AUGCCUUUCUUUAUUCGUAAACAGAAUUCUGAACCAAAAGAUAAGAAACGAAAGAAAUUACUUAAAACUCAAAAUGGAAAGAAGAAACAAAAAACUUCAUCUGAAUUAACGAAUGGUCAUAGUACUAAAAAAAUAAAAAAACAAAAAGAAUUAAUUGAUGAAAACGAAGAAAUAUUAAGUGAUACUGAUGAAGAAAAUGAACAAGCAAUGAAUGGAAAUGUUCGAUUAGAUAAUUUAUUAUUAAAUGAAGAAGAAGAUGAUGAAAAUGAUUUCCAUGAACAACGACUUAAAAGAGCUAAAGAAUAUAUUGAACAGAUAGCAAAACAAGAACACGAAAAAGAACUUGACCGUGAUACUGUCUCCGAUCGUCUUCGUGAUGAUGUGCUUGAACAAGCUGGAAAACUUCAUCGUCAAGUUGCUUCUAAUUAUUCUCAACCAAUUCUUCUUCAUAGUUGUCAUGGUCAUCAACAAAGUGUAACCUGUGUGUGUAUUUCGAAUGAUAAUAAAUAUGCAUUUACGGGAGCAAAAGAUUGUAGUAUUAUUAAAUGGUGUUUAUCAACGGGAAAAAAACUUCAUUUAAUACGUCGAAUUGGUAAAAUUGAUAAGAAAAAUGAACGUUUACCAGUUAUUGGACAUUAUGAUCAUAUUCUUGCUAUUAAUAUUUCAACAGAUGGACAAUUUUUGGUAUCAGGAGAUAAAUCAAAUUUAAUACAAGUAUGGAAUGCACAAACCUGUCAACAUAUAAAAACUCUUCGUGGUCAUCAAGGACCAAUUACAGGUCUUGCUUUUCGUCGUAAUUCUCAUCAAUUAUUCAGUUCUUCUCAGGAUCGUUCAGUUAAACUCUGGAAUUUAGAUGAAAUGACUUAUGUAGAAACAUUAUAUGGUCAUCAAGAACCAAUUCAAGCAAUUGAUGCCUUAAUGCGUGAACGAUGUGUAACUGCUGGUGGACGUGAUGGUUCAUUAAGAUUAUGGAAAAUUGUUGAAGAAUCACAUUUAAUGUUCACUGGACAUAAAGGUGCGAUUGAUUGUGUAGCAUUGAUUAAUGAUGAACAUAUGGUCUCUGGAGCUGAUGAUGGAUCAAUUGCUCUUUGGUCUGUAUCAAAACGGCGUCCUCUAUUCAAUCUACCUCAUGCUCACAAAGUAACAUCCGUUGAUCCAGCUUUAAUACCAGAAUCAUUACCCGAAGAUUUUUGGAUAACAUCAUUAGCUUCACUUCGUUACACAGAUUUACUUGCAUCAGGUUCAUUUAAUGGAACUAUCAAUUUAUGGAAAUCAACACCAGAAUUUAAUCAUUUGAUACAUCUUUUCACAUUAUCACAAAUUGGCUUUGUUAAUGAUCUAAAAUUUUCACCCGAUGGUAAUUAUUUAGUCGUCGGUAUUGGUCAAGAACAUCGACUUGGCCGAUGGUGGACAAUAAAAUCAGCUAAAAAUGCUGUACUUAUCUAUAAACUCGACAAAAAUAAUACUUAG